AUGGGUCAACUAAAUGCAAAACCAAAAGUGGCACCGAAACCAACUCAAGAAGCACCGAAAAACACGAGCGCUUCGGAUAACUCGUUUUCAAAACCGGAAAUCAAACCAAAACCGCCAGUCGAUGAUUGUUAUGAAAACUUGGAUAAUUUGCCGACGCCUGAAGAAACUCCGGAGAUGAAAUGUGAGUUUUCAAGUUGACUAAUUUCCGAAUUAUACCAAAGCUAUUUUUUUUCUGAAAAAUUAUUGGAUGAUUUCAUCUAGAAAUACUUCAGCUCCUGCAACUGGUUCUUCAAGUCAAGAAAAACUUGAUACUAAAAAAUCAGCUGAAACAACAUCAACUUCCAAAUUCAAACUCCCACAAGAUACAAAAACAAAAGCGGAUCCAUUUAGUGCGAGAUAUGAUACACUUCGAAUGAUGCCUGAUGUUCAAUGGGAUAAUAAACCAAUGACAUCACCACGAAAUGAUCCAACACCUAUUAAAGUUCCGAAAGAUACUGUAACUAAAGUUGAUCCAUUCAAUGCGAAUUAUGAUACACUUUUGAUGACACCUGAACCAAAAUGGACUGAAAAAGAUAAAAAGGAAAAGGAGAAAUCGAAAAAAUAA